GUCUCAAGAUUUUUUUCCUCUUCUUUCUUACGGGAAGAAGAGACAUAACUACCCUUAGUCUUCGAAUCGGCCUGACUUUGUUUUUCUUGCUCCAAUUCGAACGACUAGCUGUUCCUUCAACUCCGUUUUUUUUAAACCUUUUCUUUCUCCUGUUUCCUCGAGAAGAAUUGAAGAAAAAAAACUAGACCCUCCAAGAUGCCUUCCACCAACGGAAUCAACGGCGCCAAGGUGCUCGACUCCAAGUCCGCGCUGCAGGUCUUGAAGGAGUACGAGAGCCGCGAUGGCCUCGACAUCCACGAGCUCAUGGACACCAAGAAGCACGGUGGCCUGACCUACAACGACUUCUUGCUCCUCCCCGGCUACAUUGGCUUCCCCGCCUCCGCCGUCGUCCUCGACUCCCCCGUUACCAAGAGAAUCACCCUCAAGACCCCCUUCGUCUCCUCCCCCAUGGACACCGUCACUGAGCACGAGAUGGCCAUUGCCAUCGCCCUCCAGGGUGGUCUGGGUGUCAUCCACCACAACUGCUCUCCUCAGGAGCAGGCCGACAUGGUCCGCAAGGUCAAGCGUUACGAAAACGGCUUCAUCUUGGACCCCGUUGUCAUCAGCCGCGACACCACCGUCGGCGAGGCGAAGGCUCUGAAGGAGAAGUGGGGAUUCGGAGGUUUCCCCGUCACAGAGUCCGGCAAGCUUGGCUCCAAGCUGCUGGGCAUCGUCACGAACCGCGACAUCCAGUUCGAGGAGGAUCCCAACCAGCCCAUCUCCAAGGUCAUGGUCACCGACCUGAUCACCGCCCCCGCAGGCAUUGACCUCCCCGAGGCCAACAAGAUCCUGGCCAAGUCCAAGAAGGGCAAGUUGCCCAUUGUCGACAAGGACAGCAACCUCGUCUCCAUGAUCUCCCGCUCCGACCUCAACAAGAACCAGCACUUCCCCCUGGCUUCUAAGCUGCCCGACAGCAAGCAGCUCCUCUGCGGUGCCGCUAUCGGCACCCGUCCCGAGGACAAGGACCGCCUCAAGCUCCUCGUCGAAGCCGGCCUCGACGUCGUCAUCCUCGACAGCUCCCAGGGUAACAGCAUGUACCAGGUCGAGAUGGUCCAAUGGAUCAAGAAGGAGUUCCCCGGCCUCGAUGUCGUCGGCGGAAACGUCGUCACUCGCGAGCAGGCUGCCACUCUGAUCGAGGCUGGCGUCGACGGUCUCCGUAUCGGCAUGGGCAGCGGCUCCGCCUGUAUCACCCAGGAGGUCAUGGCUGUCGGCCGUCCCCAGGCCGCCGCCGUCCACUCUGUCAGCAGCUUCGCCGCCCGCUUCGGUGUUCCCUGCAUUGCCGACGGUGGUGUCCAGAACGUCGGCCACGUCGUCAAGGGUCUCGCCCUCGGCGCCUCUACCGUCAUGAUGGGUGGUCUUCUGGCCGGUACCACCGAGUCCCCAGGUACAUCCUUUGUCUCCCGGGAGGGUAAGCUCGUCAAGGCCUACCGUGGCAUGGGCAGCAUCGACGCCAUGCAGGACAAGAAGGCCGGCAACGGCGGCAAGGACAGCCAGAAGAGCAACGCCGGCACCGCCCGCUACUUCUCCGAGGGUGACAGUGUCCUUGUUGCCCAGGGUGUCACCGGCUCGGUUGCCCACAGAGGUCCCAUCAGCAAGUUCAUCCCCUAUUUAGCUGCCGGCCUGAAGCACUCCAUGCAGGACUGUGGUAUCCAGUCCCUGAAGGAGCUCCGCGAGUCCGUUGACAACGGCACUCUCCGCUUCGAGCUCCGUACUUCCAGCGCUCAGCUCGAGGGCAACGUGAACAUGGAAUCUUACGAGAAGAAGCUCUUUGCCUGAAAAAAAAGGCAGAUGCAGCUUUGCAGACAUGAUGGAAUGGUUACAAGACGUGAAUGGGACAUAGGCAAAAGGUUGGUGGGAAUCAAAAAGGAGGCUGGCCAGGGGAAGGAGGGGGAAAAAAAACAGGGUUUCUUCAAGAAAACAUAAAAAGCCUCCCCCUCGGGAGCACACACGUGCACACACAUGCCAAAAGAAGGGCGAAGCAAAACCAGGCUUUUAUGGGGGUUAUAGGGCGGCAGUUCUUCAGUCUAGCGGAGUUUUUGGAGUCUAUGCAAUGGGAAGUGGGCCGAGUCGCCUGGGGACGAUGCAGCGUUCUGAAUACCAAAAAGAGAAAACAUACACAAACCCUCCAUCGGGGAAGAGAAAACUCAACCAAUCAAAACCCAA